AGUCGGACACGACUGAAGGACUAAAAAACAACAACAAAAGACAGCGUGGGAAGAAGGCCAGAACGAGCUCUCUACUAAACACAGAAUAUCAGUCUAAUAAAGGAACACAACUACGUGUCAGCCGAACUGGCUUUGCACAGGAGGCGCCUCUUGAAACGUUAAGCCAGCGCUGCGGACCGGGCUUCUUUAUGCGGUCAAAAAAAGCAGAUUUAGGAACCAGAAACGCAGAAUGAAGACAUGGAAGACGCAACUCAACGCACACACGCACUCACUCGCUCGCUCGCUCGCUCUCAACUGGGUAAACGCACACACACACACACGACGUUUUCGGCAUCUUUACGCCUCCUCUGGUUGGGACCGAGAGGGAGGUGGAGACUUCUGGCCAAUCCUCAUCCGCUUUGCCUUAGCGCGAGGCGGGGCGGAGCAGCCAAUCGGAAGUAGGCGAGGAUGACUCCGCCGCCGUGCUCGCAGCUCGUUGAUGCGGCGGGGCGGGGCAGGGCGCGUGUGGAGGUGGCCGUUGGAGCCUCCGCCUGCUUUCCCCUCCCCGGUGCGUCGCUCGCUUGCGCGCCAUGCUGAUCACGCUCUGCUACUUGUACCUGUGGGCGCGCUGGGGGACCUCUUCGGCCGACCUCAUUCGCCGCACUGUGCGCCGGCUGUACCGCUCGCGUUGCUCCUUCACCUUCUUCUGCGGCUGCUCUUGCUCAUCCAGCACCUCCUCCUCCUCCUCCUCUUCCGCCUCCACCAGCCGUGGGUGCACUUGCCAAAAGCUGCUCCACACACCCUCCCACCGUCCACUACGCGAGCAAGGGCCUCCCCGCCUCUCUGAAGAGAAAGUCUGCCUCAGGGUGGGGGACAAGGUGUUCUGCACUGACGAGACCCAGUCUCUUGAUGAUUUAAACCAAUGGACAUUGCUUAUCGUGUCACCUUUCAAUUAUUUGGACAAAUUAUUUGAAGUGGAGCAUAUAGCAUUUGUGACAGAAAGCAUUUCCAUUCAAGCAGGUAGUUUACAGCCUCUAAUUUGCUCAACAGAAAAGGUAGUGAAGUGGUCAGAUUAUUGUUUACCUUUGGCCUUUAAAGCAGGUGAACCUUACGUAUUAUUUGCUGAAGCCAGCAUAGAUAAUUUCAGCCACCUUGGGAUAGCUUUCAUGGAAGAUAGACUCCAAAUGGAUAAUGGAAUGGUUCCUCAAAAAAUUACAUCUGUGCAUGUGCAGAAGUCAACACUGGAAGAGUUAGAACUGUCAGCAGGUACCAAAAAUGAAGGAAGUCCUAAUCAGCAUCUUGCCAAACUGACUCAGGAUCCAGAUGCGGAGGGUACAGAUUAUGUAGGAAGGAAUGAUCAAGAAGUACAGAGAAAGAAAUGUGAACAACACAAAGUAAAGGAACAACAUGAACAACUUGAACAAAUACCUGAAAAGGAAAUAGAUGUUGGUGAACAUCAUCACUUGCAUCUUUCCAGUUGCCAUGAAUGCUUAGAAUUGGAGAACAGCACAAUUGAGUCAGUUAAAUUUGCUUCUGCAGAGAACAUUCCCGAUCUUCCUGAUGAUUACAGUGGCAGUUUGGAAGAUGUUAAUUGUGAUUAUUUAACAAAACAUUUGAAAAGAGUAAAUGUUACAGGGAAGCCACCUAAUAUUUUAGUUUAUGUUGGUUCUGACCCCCAAAAAGUGAAAUUUGAAGAAAUAAAGUCAAUAAUCAUGGAAUGCAUUGAUUUUAACACAUACACGGUUUACCAGUUGUUAGAGAAACAAGUUUUCACUGUUCCUUGGCUUGAUAAUGCGUUGCUGUUGAUCAUUGCUACAUCAGAGCCCAUUUCAGAUGCAGUAUCCAAACAGUUUUUAACUUUCAUGUCAAAAGGUGGGAAGAUUUUGGGACUUUCUGCCUCUUUCAUUUUUGGUGGCAUACAGGUGAAGAAUAAAAAUGAACUGAUGGGCAAAAUUCAAGGCUUUGUGUUUUCAGAUGAGAAGAACAAUGAAAUUAGACUAAAUGUUCUAGCUAGUGGGAAAUUUUUUGAAAGUGAGAUUACAGAAGAACUCAGAUCAGUGAAGCCGUUAGGUUUCUUGGACAAUCAAGACAAAGACAUGGUAGUUGUCCAUCUGACCUAUGAAGAUAACGGAGGAGAAGCCAUUCUUUGUCAGGCACAUUUAGAAGUAAAUGUCAGAAGUUUGUCAGGUCGAUCAAGUGAUGAUUUCAAUUUGCUCAAAAUAAGUAAUGCCAAGAGGUACAAUGUUCUUACCAAAAUCCUGACCCGGCUUGGCUUGAGUUGUGAAUUGAGUGAGAUUCCACAGUUAACUCCUAUUCACCUGCUCUCAUCUGAUAAGGAAAUCCAUUGUUCUCUUUUGGAUUGGAUUCAAAUAAAUGCAGAUAAAACAGGAUUAAUCACAUCCAGCAAAGUGUCCCUUAAGUUUGUAUCAUUGGAUGGCUCACAGAUGGAGGUAACACCUUUGCUCAUGCCAGUAGUUACUGAGACGGACACUUUCUCAUCUGAACAUUUCAGCUUUGAGAAGUAUAAGCAAAAUCUACACACAAAGAGACUUGGGAAAGUGGUUCUGUUUGCUGAAGUUACAUCAACUACAAUGGAUCUUCUUGAUGGGUUGAUAUAUAAGAUAUCACAAGAAAUAGGUCUGAUAGCAAUAGCUGUUCAACAGACUCAUGGGAGAGGUCGUGGUGGAAAUACCUGGCUUAGUCCUAUUGGGGCUGCUUUAUCAACUCUGCAUAUCACUAUUCCUUUAUCUUCUCACUUGGGUCAAAGGAUUCCAUUUAUUCAGCAUUUGGCUUCUCUAGCAGUUGUGGAGUCUGUUAGAUCCAUACCUGGAUAUCAGGAUAUUGAUCUCCGGGUGAAAUGGCCAAAUGAUAUUUACUACAGUGACCUUAUGAAGCUUGGUGGUGUUUUAGUGAAUUCCACACUAACAGGAGAUACAUUCCAUGUACUUAUUGGCUGCGGAUUUAAUGUGAACAAUAGCAACCCUACUAUAUGCAUCAAUGAUCUCAUUAUGGAGCACAACAAGGCUAGGAAUGCAAAAUUAAAGCCCCUAAGUGCUGACUGUCUGAUUGCAAGAAGUGUGACUGUGCUGGAAAAUCUGAUCAAUACCUUUCAGGAGAAAGGACCUAAUGGAGUUCUUCCCAUGUAUUAUAAAUACUGGGUGCACAGUGCUAAGCAAGUCCAGCUCGUAAAUGAUAAAGGGCCAAUGGCGUGGAUUGUUGGCGUCAAUGAUUCUGGAUUCCUUCAAGUUCAGGAGGAAGGCAAAGAUGUGGUGACUGUGCACCCAGAUGGCAAUUCUUUUGAUAUGCUGAGAAACCUUUUAGUUCCAAAGCAGCAGUAAUUUCUCAGUCUGGUGAAACAGCUGCACACUUAGAAGACCAUUUUGUGUUUAGUACAUAGAUCUAGAGUUUGGCUUGAGGCAGUGUAUCGAACUGAAAUAAUCUAAGGCUGAAGAAUAGGAACAACAUAUACCAACCAACAGACUGAAUUUUGCAUCGUUUAAUCCUAGUGAGUUCUCAGUUAAAUGACUGGGCUGUUUGUGUAUGUUUUUGCCUUCUUCUCAAUCUUUCCGUAGAUCUAAGGGAAACCUUAUGAUCCAUAUGAAAAUGUCUCGCUUUAAAUUUUUCACACAGGGCAACUUAACCGGAAUUUGCCUCACUGAUUAUUUGUUACUACAGGUUCUUAAAACUUCGCUUUUGAAACUAACAGUCAUAUUUCUUUAUUUUAUAUACUAUCUUUGUAGCAAGGCAUGCAUUUUGCCACAGAAUAGCUGGAAUUCUAUUAAUUAGAUCUUUCACAUUAAUUCAGUCUGAGUAAAUCUCAGAAGCAAAUUGCCGCAAUUUGGUAGGUCAAGAUGUUGCAGGCUGAGUAGUGCAACAGGCCAUGCCACACCAAAUAAUUACAGACGCAGCAGUUCACUGAGAUUUAUACUGAUUUUGUUAUGCUAGUGUAAAAAUGGAAAAGGAUUCCAGCCAAUAUUUAUGAUAUUAUAGUGAUAGAAUGAAGUGAUUGGGUUUAACAGUGCCCCAGUGAGGCACAGUGUUUUUUAAACAUAUUGUGUGCCCUGUUGUACUAAUCAUUUUAGCUAAACAAACAAUUUUAAAAGGUCAUAGCCAUGAGAAGAUCUAACCUUCUUAGAACAAGGGGAAGAAAUAGCAUUCUAGUAUUGAACAUUGCAUUAGAUAAGCAGUUUGUCAGAGCUGAUCAGUCUGUUAACCCUGGAGUACACUAAAGCUCCCCAAUCCAAAUGGAACUCAUUUCCUUACUCCACUUCAGUAUACUUUUUCUGUGCAAUGCCUCCUUUUAUGUGUUUCCUUGUGGUUCUCCUAUCACCCUCCACCUCUUUGCUAUGUAAACAUGAUGAUCUUAACAUUAAGUUCUCUCAGUUUGCCUUUUCCGUACAAUGGGGUGACGUGGAGCAGACAAAUGUGGACUUCUAGCACAACUUCAUGAUGUUUUAUGGUGACAGCCAUGCACCCCAGCUUUGUUUGAAUUCAAGGUCUUAAGCCAAAAUAGCACUUAACAUUUUAUCUUUUGUGUGCAACAUGUUGCUGUUGUAGCAGACAACAUAAGUUUCAUAAGUGAAAGUCCCUCUCAAUCCUCUACUUUGAACUAAUGAGCUGAAAUCGUGUUGCACAGUUAUACCAAUAAUGUAACUUAUUAGAUGUAAAGUGCUGUAGGUUAAUAACUCUCAAUAGGCAUUAUUUUAGUUAUAUAGCUCAGUAUGCAACAGCUAAUGUUUACAGAUAUUUCUUAACUUACAACAGUUUGAUUCCAAAAGGCUAUUUACAUGAUUUCAAAACAUGAUAUAUAAUUGGCUUUGUAUAUUGUGACACUCCCCAAGCCUUGCCUAUCAUUAACAUCAUUAACAACUACUCCAUCAGCUCAAAUGAGUAGCAGCAUUAAACUCAGAACUCUUUAGCACUGUAUGAUGGAGAAAAUCUCAAUUUAUUGGAUACAUAAAUCUUUGAUCAUUGUUGAUAAUUUCAUAGUGACAUGCCACUUAAAUUUGGACAUGCAGUAUGUUUCAUCUGUUCAUUGCUUUACAAAGCUCCUGCAUGCACGAAUAUGUUUUUUGACACAGCCACUUAGGACAAUAGAACUCAUGCUUACCAUCCUGUCACCCAGUAUGAAAUGAGUUCCUGCAUAUCAGAGAUCUGUAAGCAAUCUGACCGCCUAAUAAAAACUGCUGCAAGUUCUGAGCAACUUCAUGUUCAGUUAAGACAUGUUUGAAUAGUAGCCAAAAGCAAGGUUUUAUAACCUACAAAACUACUACAUAAAGAAUCAGAAAAUGAGCAGAUUGGCUCAAAUACAGUGGUGCCUCGCAAGACGAUUGCCUCGCAGGACAAUUAAUCCGCAAGACGAUUGGUUUUUGCGAUCG